ACCUCGAGAAUUAACGCGGGAAAAUCUGCGAGCCGGUAAAUUGUAAACAAAGAAGCAGAAGACUUUUGAUAAUGCGGAUUCCAAAUUAAUUCUGGUUAAAAGAUAUGGAAAACUUCCAGAAAAUAGAAAAAAUAGGAGAAGGCACUUACGGCGUUGUAUACAAGGCUCGUGACAAGCUCAGCGGACAGCUUGUUGCACUGAAAAAAAUCCGGCUAGACGCAGAUUCUGAAGGUGUUCCCAGUACAGCCAUUCGAGAAAUAUCUCUUCUAAAAGAAUUGGACCAUGUUAACAUUGUCAGGUUGCUGGAUGUUGUCCAUAGUGAGAAGAAGUUAUACCUUGUAUUUGAGUAUCUACACCAAGACCUGAAAAAAUACAUUGAUAGUUGUCCUCCAACUGGGUUAGGAGAAAAUCUUAUUAAGAGUUAUUUACAUCAGCUGUUGUUAGGUAUAGCAUACUGCCAUGGUCAUCGUGUAUUACACAGAGAUAUAAAACCACAGAAUCUUCUCAUAGAUGUACAUGGUAAUAUAAAACUUGCGGACUUUGGCCUGGCAAGAGCGUUUGGGGUGCCUGUCAGAACAUACACACAUGAGGUGGUUACAUUGUGGUAUAGAGCUCCAGAGAUUUUGCUUGGUAGCAAAUUUUACUCCACGCCAGUAGAUAUAUGGAGCCUGGGAUGUAUCUUUGCAGAAAUGAUAAAGAAAAAACCACUGUUUCCAGGGGACUCAGAGAUAGAUCAACUCUUCAGGAUUUUCAGAACACUAGGUACUCCAGAUGAAACAGUAUGGCCUAAUGUUAACCAGUUACCAGAUUUUAAAUCUUCUUUCCCAAAGUGGCCAAUACAGUCUGUAGCGAGUGUUUUACCACACCUCUGUGUUGAGGGAAUAGACCUCAUCACUAAAAUGAUGAAGUAUGAACCAAGCCAAAGAAUUUCUGCAAAGGCAGCUCUGUCACACAGUUAUUUCAACGAUUUGAUGGGAAGGAACAGACCAGCCCCAAAUAUCAAGUAGCGCUUGCAUCUUUGGAUCAAAUUCCUUCAUAAAUGAUGCCAUUGGUCAUUAUUAUACAGUGCUGCUGGUAACAUAGAUAUCACCAUGUUGGAGAGCAUUUUAAUGAAAUAUCUAUUUGGUUUAAAUAGAAAUGUUUACAGAAUGAUCUUGCUUCAAUUCAAUUAGAAGUACAGUAUUUUGCUGCUUUGAUCCAAGCAUUAAAUCUACAGGAGACUGUACCAUAUAGCUAUCAUUGCUGCAGCUACAUUGGACAGUGCCUCUUCAGCUUCAUAGCUAUGCAGAUAUUUAGUUCUCGUAUAUUGUGAAAUUAUUAAAAUUCCUAUUGGUAAUUUCUAUGUUCUUAUGAAUUAACAAUAGCUGAUUUUGUUAAAACUAGGAAAUUUCAUGCUCAUUGAAUUAAACGAUUUCACGAGAUGUGUAAAAGAUUAAGUAAAAACUUGUGUACUGCAAAAACUGUUUUUCGACUAGAAGUAUUACAUUCAGAACAGCUUGAAGAAGAUAACCUAUUCAACCUUCUACGUUAACAAUUCCAGUGAUAUAAAUUUCACAUAGGGCAAUGCAGUAAACUUCUAGAUUAGCCGUUACUAGUUGGAAUUUUCAAGUCUAACUGUGAGAAAUGCUGAUGCAAAAUAACGCUUGCAACUAUUUUUUUUUCGAGUUUUAGGCUUUAUGGGUAGCUUGUCUUAAACAAUGUGAUAUAUUAAUUAUAAUUAUACUGCUGUUGUUUUUUUUUUUACAAUCCCUUGUAUUUCAUGUUUUGUGUAUUGGGUGGAUAUUAUUGUUUAACAUUAGUUUUAGUUGCAUAUUUUAUACAUGUGGAAAAAUAAGUUAAUUUUUAAAGAAACUGUAACUUCACAUUUGUAAUUAUUAUAUACUUAGUUUCAAACUGGUAUUUAAAGAUAAUUACAGGUUCGAUAUUGCCUUCCACUAGCUAUCAGUUUUCUAUUUGUUGAUUUCAUGUUCAGUCUUGCACACACAGAGAGAAUUGUUAUCCUAUUCUUGGCCAUUCGUUAACCUUACAAGAUAACAGUUUCUAAAUGAUGGUUUCAAGAAGGUCAGUGGUUCUACCCAGAUGCCUACCCAUGAUCAAAUAAUGCCAAGAGAGACACAUGAGGGUCUUCCUCCACUAUGAAAAAAUAGAAGGUCGCCAUAUGGCCUAUUACUAUGUUGGUGUGACUCAAACCCAAUUAAAAAACAACAAAAAAUCAUUUGCAUAAAAUUGCUUUUUGUUUCUACUUGUUAUUUGAAACAUUGUUAUGGCUCUUGAAUUACUUGAAAUUGCCAAAGGUAAUAGUGUCCACUUAAUAACUUAUGCAAUUCUUACACAGUGCUCAGCAAACUUAAAAUAAAAAUUCAUAUUACCUUGGCCAAGUUCCAUAACCAGGUGAGUCUUUAUUGCUCUGGAGUUAAGCCCUUCAAUUAGUUGGAUAUUGAGUAAAUUGACAGCUAGUCUGCUAAAUAAGUGGAUUGUUUUAAAAGUCAAACUUAAUGGGCAGUGACGGCAUAUACUUCGAUAGUUUACAGCUCUUGUUGUUACAUACCCCAGUAUUGAUGCUUUCCCAUCCCCUAAUAAAUGCACUGAUCAUACAUUGGUUUACUGAUAGCUCUUGUUUUGGUAUGCAUGAAUUUAGUGUCACUGAAAGAAUAAAUUGCAGUUUUUUCCCCGUAAAUUUCAUAACUUUUGCUAGUAGACCUAUCUUAGGACUGUAAUUUCUGGGACGAUCUGUGUAUGAAAAGAAUUGGAACCACUGCCUUACCCUUGCAUGAUCGUAAGAGGCAACUAAUAGGGUCUUAACACUUGGUUUUGCUGUAACUGUGAUUCCAGGUAUGCAACUUACCUCAUGUUUUUAUUUCUAUGUAAAUGAGAUGUGGAACCAAAAUUUGUAGUCCUGUUUGGCGCCAUAUAACCUAUACUGUGUUGGUGCGCCGUAAAACCCAAAUAAAUAAAUAAAUUUAAAAAAUAUUUCCAGAGUUAUAGCCCUUGAAUUUGAGAAAUUUGCAAUACAUUUAAAGGAACAAUUCUUUGUGAUUUUCAUUUAUGGUUACAGUUAAGUAUGGUUGUUUCUCUGAAUAUAGUUUAGCUAUUGCAGUAUUAGAUUCUCGGUCUCUUUCAGUUUGAAAUAAUAACUGUAGAUUGCAUUUUUAGUGCUUUGAAAAUAGUAUCUGUGUUUGAUUGUUUUAAAUAUUAAAUCUGUCUUAAAGGUAAAUUGCUUUUAACUAAAGUUUUAAAAUUUCAACUUACGUAAAAGUAUUACUGGUAGAUGUUUAAGUUACAGAUAUUUAGAUGAGUUAUGCAACAUUGUUUGAAUAUUUAUUUCUCAACUUAUUUAUCAAAAUGUGUUCAGAACAAGCCAUUUUGUGUUCAAAUAAUCCACCUGUAUUCAUAUUUUCUUUGAUCCUUAUUUGUAUCUUUUAUAUUAAAUAUUUGCCUGUAAAGCUA